AUGAAUCCUGGUGCCUCCAUGUCUCCUUUCACUGCACUGCCUUUUCCCGCACACACUCCUGGACCUCCACAGCAAACACCCUGGAUGCAGCACCCACUGCCCCUCAUGACUUCAUCAUGCCUUCCAGGCACCCCUCUUGGGCUCUCUGCUUUCCCCAGGACACUUCUUGUGCCAAGCCCUGGGGAUUCUGGCCCCCGUGGGGCCACGCCUGCAAAGGUCAUUGUUCAAGUGAGGACAGAAGGGAGUUCAGCAGAGCUCCCUGGAAUUCAGACCUUUGUCAUGGGGCAGACCCCACUUAAUUGGAGUGCCCCAGGGGCUCCCAGUGGGGUAGUUGAGCAUGCCCCACCCCCUUUUGGGGAAGCCUCUGCUGUGAUCCCUGCCACUUCUGUUGUGGCUACUCAGGCUUGUAGGGGAGUUUGGUCCCCAGCUCUUUCUCUUCAAGCUCCACCACCAGCUGCCCAGCUGGCUUUCAUUUUCCCCCAAGUGAAGGCUUGCUCAGGCCAACAUGUUUCUUCUGGGGAGAAAAGCCUGGCCGUCACACAAUCCAGGCCUUCGCUGGAUGACUCCUCCUGUAAUCCCCAGAGUGUUUACCAGAACUACCGACGUUGGCAAUGUUUCAAGUCUCUGGCCCGGAGGCACCAUCCCCAAAGCCCUGAUACAGAAGCUCUUUCCUGCUUUCUCAUCCCAGUUCUGCGAUCCCUGGCUAGACUGAAGCCCACCAUGACCCUGGAGGAGGGACUCUGGCGGUCUGUACAGGAAUGGCAGCGCAAAAGCAAUUUUGACCGAAUGAUCUUCUAUGAGAUGGCAGAAAAGUUCAUGGAGUUUGAGGCAGAGGAGGAGUUACAGAUUCAGAUGUUGCAGCAGAGGAAUGCAUCUGUCUGCCUGCUUCCUCCGGCUCCACGCAAUGUUGAUCCUCACGGGCCUUCAUCCACUGUGGCUGCCCAGCGUCCAGUGUUCAUUCCAAAGAAGGGAGUUUCCAUGGCACAGCCCCUUAAGCAACAUCGACACAGAACCGAGCACCCUUGGGAGCCCAAGCGGUCCCAUGAAAUCCCUCCCGAAGCUGUCAAAGAGUAUGUUGAGAUCAUGGAAGAUCUCCUUGGAACUGCCCAUUCAGCCACUGUGGAGCCAGAUGGAAAAUAUAAAGAAGAAGAAAAUGAGCAACAACAGGAAGAGGAUGAGCUGUAUCCAGACCCAGGACUCCUGAGCUACAUUGACAAGCUGUGUGCACAGGAAGGAUUUAUCACCAAGGUGGAAGCAGUUAUUCACCCUCAGUUCCUGGAAAUGUUACUAUCACCAGAAUCACAGGUAGAUCCCCUGUCCUUAAGGCAGGAGCUGGAGGAAGAGGAAGGACUCACUCUCACUCAGCUGGUAGAGAAGCGACUGCUGGAAUUGAAAGGAAAAGUGGGUGUGGAGGCAUCCCCAACUUCUGGUGUGCUAACCAGGGAGUCACCUGGUACAGAGUCUGGGAGCAGUCAAGAUGCAGGGAGCACAGAUAACCACAACAGCCAACUACAGACGAGCAAGAAAAUGAGCACAAAAAAGUUGGAUGCAGAUGACCUGCCAAAAGAUGGCAGCGGGUACAGUCAUCUGUCUACGUCAAAAGAACUUGCUCUCUUUACAUGGAGUCCCAUUUCACAGGAACUUAAGUCUGAACAAUCAACUUCUCCUCAAUGGCGUCCUAGUCGCACCUACCCUAGAUUGGGAAACAGAGGAACCUUAAUGUCCUUAGAAGCCUCUCCUAUUAGUGAAACACCUGGGAAAGGAGAAGGGUCCAGUGAAGAAGAAAAGGAAGAGGAGGAACUCCCCAGCCUUGACUUCCUCUUGGCAUCUCAAGAAAGCCUACUGCCCUGGAGUCUUUCCAAGAGUCCUCUGCCUGCCUCCAGCAUUCUGCACCAUGGAAUUCCGGGUACCUGGGGAGCAUCUCAGCUCCGAUUUCCAGAGACAUUUGGCGGGAAGCGGGUGUGGCGCGAGCAGGGGGAUCAGCUGUAUUUCCCUAAAGCAACCUCGGGGCGGGGCCCACACGUUCGUGCGGGGGAUGCCCACCGAAUUCGCGCGUGCGGCACAGCGCACUGGAGGGAGAAGUUCCCAGGAGGAAGUGACGGGUCUUGCAGCGGGGAGAGCAGCGUCCCAGGCGGGGAGCCAUCCCGCUGGGAUUUUGCCGAAAGCGGGCGGGUUCGCGGAGCGGUGCGGCGCACCGGAGGGAGAAGUCCCUGGGAAGAAGUGACGGGUCUCAGAGCGGGGAAAGCAGCGUCCCAGCUGGGGAGCCGUCCCGCUGGAAUUUGGGAACGCGCGGGGGGCGUGAGCGUGGGGUCCAAUUAUGUUCCCCUAAAUAGACCCCGGGGGCGGGCCCACCGCUUCAUGGGGGAGACGCCCACCCAGUUCACGGGAGGGCUGCGGCACACCGGAGGGAGAAGUCCCCGGGAGGAAGUGACAGGUCUCGGAGCAGGGAGAGUAGCGUCCCAGCCAGGAAGCUGUCCCACCAAGAUUUUGGAGGACGGGAGCGGAGCGUGA